AUGUCAAUUAAAACAGGAUGGGGAAUAAAAGAAGGAGGAAGUUGGAAAACAUGGAAAAAAAGGAUGUUUAAAUUAAGUAAAGAGAAAAUUGAAUAUUUUAAAGAUGAAGGGAUGACAAAAAAAAUGGGAGAUAUUGAAAUAAAUAAAAUUACACAUGUAUUAGCAGUAGAACAAUAUAAAAAAAGAAAAAAUAUAAUAAGAAUUAUUACACCAUCAAGAACAUAUCAUAUUAGUGUUAAUGAAGAAAGUGAUAGAGAUUCAUGGGUAGAAGCAAUAAGUGAAAUAAUUGGAGAUAAAAAAGAGAAAAAUAAAGAAGAAAUAAAAGAAGAAAAUAAAAUAAAUAUGGAAGAAUUUGAAAUUAUAAGAUUAUUAGGAAAAGGAGCAUUUGGAAAAGUUAUGUUAGUUAAAUAUAAAAAAGACGAAAAAAUAUAUGCAAUGAAAACAGUUGAAAAAGCACAAAUAAUUGAUAGUAAUGAAGUAGAACAUAUAUUAUCAGAAAAAGUAGUAUUAUCACAAAUUAAUAAUCCAUUUCUUGUUAAUAUGCAUUAUUCAUUUCAAACACCAACACAUCUUGUAUUUAUUUUAGAUUAUUGUGCAGGAGGAGAAUUAUUUAGUUAUUUACAAAAACAUUCAACAGGAUUACCAGAAGUUGAUGUAAAAUUUUAUGCGGCACAAAUAAUAUUAGCAUUAGAACAUAUGCAUAGUACAGGAAUUAUUUAUCGAGAUAUUAAACCAGAAAAUAUUCUUUUUGAAAAAGAUGGAUAUUUAAGAAUGACAGAUUUUGGAUUAGCAAAAAGUACAAAAAAAAGUACUACAAAUACAUUUUGUGGAACACCAGAAUAUCUUGCACCAGAAGUUGUUAAAGGAUUAGAUUAUAAUGAAUAUAUUGAUUGGUGGGGAUUAGGUAUUUUAAUAUAUGAAAUGUUAUUUACACAAUCACCAUUUUUAGCAGAAACAAUGGAAGAAUUAUAUGAAAAUAUUUUACAAGAAGAACCAAAAUAUCCAACAACAAAACCAAUUACUGAAGAAUGUAUGAAUUUUAUUAAUAAUUUAUUAAUUAAAGAACCAUCUAAAAGAUUAACUGAUCCUGAUCAAAUUAAAACUCAUCCAUGGUUUAAUGGAUUUAAUUUUGAUGAUUUAUAUAAGAAAAAUUAA